AUCGUGCACUAAAAAAUACAGAGCUUAUAGUAAUCAUGGUGAGGAACAAGUCAGUUUUCGUAGUUUUGCUCUUUUCUCUUUUCCUUUCCUUUGGCUUGCUUUGCUCUGCCAAAGACUUCCCCGGCAGAAGAAGCGAGGAUGAUCCUCAACAGAGGUACGAGGACUGCCGGAAGCGAUGCCAAUUGGAGACACGUGGACAAACGGAGCAAGACAAGUGUGAAGACAGGUGUGAAACGCAGUUUAAGGAGGAGCAGCAGCGUGACGGAGAAGAUCCUCAGAGGAGAUACCAGGAUUGCCGACAACACUGCCAACAGGAAGAAAGAAGGCUGCGUCCACAUUGCGAACAAAGCUGCCGGGAACAAUACGAGAAACAGCAGCAGCAGCAGCCUGACAAGCGAUUCAAGGAGUGUCAACAGCGUUGCCAAUGGCAAGAGCAAAGGCCCGAACGGAAGCAACAAUGUGUGAAGGAAUGCAGGGAACAGUACCAAGAGGAUCCAUGGAAGGGAGAGAGAGAAAACAAGUGGAGAGAAGAAGAAGAAGAGGAAAGUGACGAAGGAGAGCAACAACAAAGGAACAACCCUUACUACUUCCAUCGCAGAUCGUUCCAAGAACGAUUCAGGGAAGAACAUGGCAAUUUCAGAGUCCUCCAGAGGUUUGCUGACAAACAUCAUUUACUUAGGGGCAUCAACGAGUUCCGCAUUGCCAUUUUAGAAGCAAACCCCAACACUUUCGUUCUCCCACACCAUUGUGACGCGGAGAAAAUUUACGUUGUCACUAACGGAAGAGGAACAAUUACGUUCGUGACACAUGAAAACAAAGAGUCAUACAAUGUAGUUCCUGGAGUUGUAGUAAGAAUUCCAGCAGGAAGCACUGUGUACUUGGCGAACCAAGACAACAGGGAAAAGCUAACCAUAGCAGUGCUCCACCGACCUGUCAAUAACCCUGGACAAUUCCAGAAAUUCUUCCCUGCUGGACAGGAAAAUCCUCAGUCAUACUUACGAAUCUUCAGCCGUGAAAUUCUUGAGGCUGUCUUCAAUACACGAAGUGAGCUGCUAGACGAGCUGUUUGGUGGGAGGCAAAGCCAUCGAAGGCAGCAGGGACAGGGAAUGUUCCGUAAAGCCAGCCAAGAACAAAUAAGGGCAUUGAGCCAAGGAGCUACUUCACCAAGGGGGAAAGGUAGCGAGGGAUACGCCUUCAACUUAUUGAGCCAAACCCCUCGCUACUCCAACCAAAACGGCCGCUUUUACGAGGCUUGCCCUCGUAAUUUCCAGCAGCAACUCCGAGAAGUGGAUUCCUCCGUUGUUGCCUUCGAAAUAAACAAAGGAUCGAUCUUCGUACCGCACUACAAUUCAAAGGCUACAUUCGUGGUCCUCGUCACCGAAGGAAACGGCCACGUCGAAAUGGUCUGCCCUCACCUUUCUAGGCAGAGCUCACACUGGUCCUCCCGAGAGGAAGAAGAACAAGAAGAACAAGAAGAUGAAAGGAGAAGUGGACAAUACAAGAGAGUGAGAGCCCAGUUAUCAACCGGUGACCUAUUUGUAGUCCCAGCAGGCCAUCCAGUCACAUUCGUUGCCUCCCAAAACGAGGACCUAGGAUUGCUCGGGUUCGGACUCUACAACGGCCAAGACAACAAGAGGAUCUUCGUGGCUGGGAAAACCAACAAUGUGAGACAAUGGGAUCGCCAGGCCAAGGAGCUGGCGUUUGGGGUGGAGUCAAGGUUGGUGGAUGAGGUAUUCAACAACAACCCGCAAGAAUCUUACUUCGUGUCUGGACAGAGUCGGCGUGGAUUUGAUGAGAGGAGGGGAAGUAAUAACCCCUUAUCGCCGUUCCUGGACUUUGCACGCUUGUUCUAAGUAGUAGUUUUGUAAGGCAUGUAAUGGUGGAAUAAAAUAAGGGUGGCCUAUGUAAAGAGGAAGAGCCUUGUUUUGUUGUGUGUUUUGGAGUCCUUUUGUUUCAAGGAAUAAAAUAAGAGGGAAAUCUUUACUUUUUCCUUUAACAUAA